CUUUCCACCUGUCACGCAGGGAGGGCUCCGGGGAAAAAAGAAAAAUCACUCCGGGCCCCAGACAGCCACAGAGCCAGGGGCCACAGCGCAGCCGACAUGAGCGUCAUCGAGCACAGGGGCACGGGCAAGCAGGUCACCAGCCCCCUGCAGAGCAUGUCUCCCGUGGUGCAGUUGAAUAUCGGUGGUGAUAUCUAUACGACGACUAUUGGGACGCUGAAGAAGUAUCAAGGGUCCAGGCUUUUUGAGAUGUUCAGUGGGCAGCCCAAGCUCCGCACGGACUCAGAGGGGAGGUACUUUAUUGACAGGGAGGGGAAAUAUUUCCGCUACAUCCUGGAGUACCUCCGUUCCGGCCAAGUGCCCACUCAGUACAUCCAGGAAGUCUACAAGGAGGCCUUGUUCUAUGAAAUUGAGUCAUUGGUGAAGAAGUUGGAAGAGAAUCCAGAAAUCUUUGGGGAACAGGUCGGCAGAAAGCAAUUCCUCGCACGAGUUCCCAACUACAGCGAGAAUAUCGAGGUGAUGAUCCGAAUCGCCAGGGCGGAGGUGGUGGCCUCUCGCUACUCCAAUGUCAUUGUUUGCAUUGUGAGGACCGAGGACGACGCCUCCAAGUGUCAUGACGCCCUGAACACUCUCGACAUGGACAAGGAGUCUGUGGUCAAGUUUGGACCGUGGAAGGCAUCUCCGGGAAUCUCAGACCUGCUUGAUUGUAUCAAAGUGGACAUUGAGGACAAAGGCUACAAAGUAUCGUACUCUCCUCACGUGGCCGAUAAAGUGUUCAGAUUCAAAUCCUAUGACUUUUUCUACAAGUUUAUAUUCACAUGGUGGUAAAAAAAAAAUACAAUGAAGUCUUUAGCACUGAUGAUCAUAACUAUAUCCAACAGUGAGGCAGCACGGGUGACUUCUAUGGGGCCCCUGGUGGGAGGGGAACCAGCACUGAACUGCUUCCCCUGAUUACUGCUACAUUGUCAUAACAGCUGCUUUUGGCAGCCACUAGGUGGAGCUCUCUGCAUACAGACUGAUACAGCUCCCAUUGAGAUAAGUACUAGCUGCACAAAUCCAUAUGCUGUGAGCUCCCUCUAGUGGUGGCUGCACAAAUCCAUAUGCUGUGAGCUCCCUCUAGUGGUGGCUGCACAAAUCCAUAUGCUGUGAGCUCCCUCUAGUGGU